CACUCCGCCAGCGCGCCCACGUCCACAUUCUCUUAUCUCCUCUCGCCGGCCUCUGUUUGUUGUCUUUCUACGCGUCGUCCGAUGCAAACGGGCCAAAGCAAUCGAAGUCCCCAACAAACACAGACACCAUGGCGCGUCUCAACACACAUCUCUCUGCGACUCCCCAGCUCCCCACUGCCUACCGCUCUUCCACCGUCGACUCGCUGUACCGCGACCCCUCUAUUCCCCCGCACGUAGCAUCCACAAGCACACGCGACUCGUACUAUGCGGUUGCCAGCCCCUCACGGUCUGCCAGCUCCGACAAGGAAAAUCAGGAACCUGAAUCGCAAGAGGACACUCCGCGCGGUACCGCCAAAACCAGGCGCCCAAUGGCGCCCCCUUCAAGUGCUCGCUUACAGACUCCCUCCAUUGUUUCCGCGCAUCGGAGCAAGCGUCGUCGAACCGACGAGUAUAGCGUUGAAGACUCGCCGCAGGCAAACCAAGACGGUGAUAGGCUUGGGCAAUAUGAUGAUGGUGCAGAGCGCGCCCAAGGGGAUGAAGACGAGGAAGACGAGGAAGACGAGGAAGACGAAGACACAAAGUUCUACGAUCCGCAUCAAGAUCCCGAGAUUCGACGUCAGCUUCGCGCCAACAUGCGCAAUCACCAGCGAGAGAUUGAAGAUAACCGCGAUGAGUUGACCAAGCCGGGGAAUGAUGGACUGAUAGCCCACAUCAAGAAGCAGAACUACUACAUGGGCAAAGUCAAGCAGACUGCAGAUGCCGCCCUCGACUCCCGCGUCAUGGUUUACGCCAGCGACUUGGCCAGUAAGAAGCUGAAAAAUACGCUGCACGGGAACAAUAGUGUCGGAAUCGAUGUCGACCAAUUUGUGUCAAGAUGUAUACAUUUCAUGAAAACGGGCGGCGAUCCCUCUGCGGCUGAAGGACAUUCUUCGACCCAGGUUCGCCAUCGCCGCCGCACGGCUGCUGAAGAUGAGGAAAACGAGGACGAUGACGACGAUAACGGCGAAGCUCUUGAUUGGGCGCUACUUGGCCGAGAAGCGUGCUUUCCCUUCAACAGACGCCCGCCGGUAUCAAGUUUCCUCCUGGGCCCACUAUCCGUUCAAAAACGCGUGCGGACCACUCAGAGUCGUCGUACUAGAUUGCAGCGUCAGCCUCUCGGGCCCACUACCAGGCCACAGGAGCUGACCCAGUCCGACAUGAAACAAUCUGAAAAUUCCAACCUCGCCCACCUUGUCAAGGGCAUCAAGAAGCGCUUACAGGACCACAUAGCUGAGAACUCCGAGAAGAUGGCCGAAGAGCUGGAUGCGAUGGAUUUCGACCCGGAACCUGCAGAUAUCGAGGCGGCUUCCAGGCGCCAUCGAAUAUGGCUAGCCCCUACUCAAGAGGCGGCGGUGUCGCUCUUCGAUUUUGUCGUCAACCCGCACUCGUUUGGUCAAACAGUCGAAAACCUGUUUUACAUUAGCUUUCUCAUAAAGGAAGGGGAAGUGAAAGUGCUAGAGGAUGAGGAUGGUUUGCCGCUACUCAUGCCAACCAAGCCGCAUACCAUCGCCCAACAACGCGAACUCAAUGUGCAAAAACAUCAAGCCGUUUUCAGUCUUGAUUGGCCCACAUGGAAGAAAUUUAUCUUCGCUUUCGACAUCAAAGAGCCCCUCAUUCCCAAUCGCGUCCCAGAGCAGACAACGGUUGCAGCCGGGGCCUGGUACGGCUAGAACAGGUGGGAUAGGUUCCUUCUGCUGGCCUUUGCGGCGGAUGAUGCCUUGUACGUUGGCGUCAUCCUUACACUUUUUCCAUUCUUGUAUUAUCUUUCUUUGCAUAGAUUUUGAAUAUCUUUUGUAUAACAGCUUAGCGAUGUGUAGUCUCAGGCGUAAGGUGGGGAUUCUUUUCCCAUCUGGGGACUGGUCGGGCCUCCUGACAAACAUGGACUUCAAUCUGGUAGGGCAUAUCCCAUUUCAUUCAUGAUACCCCCGGAGUUUAUGUACGAAGGCAUUAUUUAGUCUAGAUCAAGAAACACAUUUGGUAUCUAGUGGCGCUCGAACGGCG